AUGGCGACCCGCAGAAACGGACCGAGCAACUCCAAGGACGCAGCGCCUGUGCCUACAGACAAGACGCAGGACAAGCAAGCCCGUCUCCUGGCUGAAGAAAACCCGGGACACUUCUCUCUGGUCCGCGCACUGCACCUCGCAGACUUCAUCACCGAGCUGAAUGGCUUCUGCGGCGUAAUGUCCGUCUUCUCCUCUCUCCGCUACUGCAUCCAGGACGACUUGCACAACUACACCAACCUGUACUGGGCGCUUGGCUUCAUCCCGCUCGGUCUGUUCUUCGACUUCAUGGACGGCAAGGUCGCGCGCUGGAGGAAGAAGGCCUCGCUGAUGGGCCAAGAGCUCGACUCGCUGGCCGAUCUCGUCUCCUUUGGUGUCUCCCCCGCAGCCGCCGCGUUCGCCAUGGGCAUCCGCACGCCCCUCGACCACCUCCUGCUCUCCUUCUUCGUUCUCUGCGGCCUUACGAGGCUGGCGCGCUUCAACGUUACAGUCGCCAUGGUCCCCAAGGACGAAUCUGGCAAGUCGAAGUAUUUCGAGGGCACACCCAUCCCCAUGUCGCUAGGAAUAGUCCAGAUCAUGGCCUUCUGGGUGUACAAGGGCUGGACGCUUGAGCAGAUACCGCUGGGUCUGUGGCUGGAGGGAACCAUGUUCGAGUUCCACCCAGUCGUAGCCAUGUUCAUCCUGCACGGGUGUCUGAUGGUCAGCAAGACUAUUCACAUUCCCAAGCCGUAA